AUGGAUGACCUUGAUCCCCCCAACGGAAGCACAACUCUUGGAUACAUGGUAAAUCAUGUGUUCCUACCACUUGGGCUUCCCAGUAGGCCAGACAAAGAGUCAUGCGAUAGCCACCUCCUUGGCUUGUUUCUAUCGUCAACAGAAGACUUUGUUUCGCUCUGUAAUAACAGCGAGCGAAGCAGGGUAAAUCAGCUAGUAACUGCUCUUCAAAUCCUUCAGAGCAUUCGAAAAGAAGAUGGAAGUCUGCAUAGCGACAAACUUCGCACAGCAUCACAGCAAGUCAUAGGUCAAGAGACAUCGUAUCUACCUGUUUAUGUUCAAGCUCAAAAUGCUGGGAUCCUGCUACAUGGACGAGGAGGGAACGCGAUUUUCGAUCUUUGGGGGCUUACUCCGGACAAUGAGACAAUCGUCGAAGCGUCCGGCCGCAUUGUCCGACACUUUCCUGAAUGUUCUGCCUCUAUUCCGACUGACCAUAUAAACACUUGUGACUUUUUUGACUUCAUCUCAUCAACCAUUUCACGGAUGAGUUGGGAAGGUAUAACAACCACCAAGGGCCAUGGGUUUCCAGAAGUUGCUGCCGCCAGCGAGGACGUCCCUUCCCCAACAAAUAUAACCGAGCUGCUAUAUAUCGAGUUAGUGAAUAAGGGGAUACAAUCAGAGCAUCGCAGAAUUUGUAAGCACACUAGAGAAGAGGUAAUAGGCACAAAUGGUUCCAACCAGUGUUGGAGACGCUCACCCUUUUGGCUUUUCCUGCGCGUCACUUCUCAGUUAAUCUUGAGCCGGCAAGAUGGAAAGUCCAUCCUAUACAAAAAGUUCUUACUAUUCUUCAUGUCUCAAGUUUUAGAGAAAGCUUGCGAAGGAGAGUUACAAAGUGAAACUAUUCACUGUAUCUACUCCAAAGUUUGCAGACGCAAGCGAAAACUCGAGCUUACUGAAGAUGAGAAGUGGAUGGAAGCAGUCACGGCCGUUUUGAACAAUGCAAACGAAGUACUGAGUCAAAAUUGGCAGAAAAUCAUCAAGAGACAUCAAAUCUCUCUGGAAAUUUCGCCAUUUAACCCGUCAGCAAUCGAAGCAGAUACACUUUUCGAGAUCCCCAACUUAAAUCUAUUUGUCAAGAGCAUUGCUCACCGCCAAAGUUCAGCGACAAGCGGCUCAUAUCACCCAGUGUCGCAGCUGCGAUUACCAGAUAAAAACACUUUUGCGUCGCUUGCGCUUGCGGAAGAAGCAAAGGAGUAUACCAUCUUCUAUCUAUUCGCAUUUGAGUAUUGGAUAGAUAAGCACCUGGAUACUUGGCUCAACGAACAUGGUACAGAGGGAGACGCCUGCAACACAAUCAAAAAUAGAGCGUUUCAGUACUUCAAAAUUGCAAAAAGAGCCUAUGUUAAUAAUCCAAAAGAAAAUUCAGCCAUGUUGCUUAGGAUUCUUGUGCUCUGGGUGGCUUGCGAUAAAUUAGCGGCAGCGGAUACACCGGAAUUAAAACGCUACAAGCCUCCGGUUCCUGAUAACAUAUGGUCCUCACUUUUGCUGAACUCCAACACAGAUGUUGGGCAGUUAAAAACUGCAGAAUGCUAUCUAAAAGAUCGACAGGAACAUUCUCAAUAUGAGACUUUUGUAUUCGAUGGCCUUGGCGGAAACCAGUCGUUUGCGGUGAAAGCCUUUGAGAACGAUCCAAAUUGCAAGAAACUACUUAAAACUCUCAUAAAAUACGAUAAGGAUAAAGAAAGUGAGAAGAUUGAAGAGCUUGAGCAACAGAUUGAGGAUUACAGCCGACUAAUGCAAGAGUAUCAUGAUGGUCAUUGCGACGCUGGUUGUGAGGGAGCGACUGACGACCCUUGCGCCAGAUGCCAAAGCAAAAGACAGGCACUGGAAAUGAAGAUCGAUACAUAUGAAAAAAUAUUACCGAAAGAAGAAUCAGAGAAGAAGAACUUGGUAUUUGAACUCCUAGCAUCACAGUCAUUUUCUGCUUGGAGGGAUUUCACCGUAUUUUUCCUCACGGAUGUUCUAGCCAAAAGGGCUGACACUACCAAUAACGCAACCAAUAAGAGGCUUCUGCUAUCCAACUACUUUUAUAAUCUGCGACACACUCCUGGAAUUAAAAAAUGGCUUUCGAAGUAUCAACAAACCGCGGACGACUCCCGAGUCGUGCUGUCAAGUGCAUCAGAGCCCAAAAUGACGACAAUAAAAAUACGUCCAGAUCUAACAAAAGACAAUAUUCUUAUAAAUCACAGGCAUAAUUGGGAAUAUUUCGAUAUAUCUACGGGUUCAGUCAUUGCCGAAUUCCCACCUCCAACUCUCGUUAAGCGUUGCACUGUUCAGCUGCCCUACUCAGUUGCAUCCCUGCAACGUUUUGUUACUCCAUCCACGCAGCAAAGCCAAGCACAAUUGGCCAACUCCGUCAUAAGUGACUUGCAAGAAUGCCCUGCCCAUAUCUCGCAGGAGGAGUUUAGAUCGCUUGCUCUAGCUCCCCUAGGUCACCAUACAAGGUGGACUAACAUCUUACGACAGUUGGCCAGCCCCACGAUCGACUUCAAGCGACAGGAGACGGCUCUUAUAUUUCUACAAAUUUCUACUCAGGUAGGUCCUUUAUCAGGCCUGUUGCUUGGCGAGGCCCAUCAAUCCCUAGAGGACCCCGUAUUUGUUCAAAAGCUCGUGACCUUGAUUCAACAGGAGUUGGACAGAAUUAAGAACAAUUGGGAAGCAACUAUAAUACUGUGGACUCUUGUUUUACUUCUCACGAGAAUUGUAUCAAACUUUCAUGGUGAUGCAGUUGAAUCAAGUUGGAUUUGCUUAUCGAAUUGUCGCCAUGUUGCAAAACAAUGGAUGACGCAGCUACGAAACACUGGUUAUGUCCAAGUUGAAAACUCCGAAAAGGAGAGCUUCAUCCAGAAAGCAGCGGAGGUCGCUUUAAUUUGUGUCGCAACGUUUGACGUUGGAGAAGAAUGCCUUCUUGAAUUGCUGAGCGCCGAGGAGAAUGUUGCCAUCUUUAUAGAAUGCUCCAUCAUGAUCAGGGAAAACAUCCACACGGUCGAUCCCGAGGACCAACUACACGCUAUUUGGUUCCUUACUUGGAAACGCAUUACUUAUACAGGACUUGAUGCUCUCCUGAACACAAUAACUACAACCAAGUGCCUCGAUAUAGCGAUUGGCCAUUGCCGGAACACAGGGACGUUACGUGAUCCACAACCGUGGCUGGUAACAGAAUUCCAUUGGGUAUUUACGAAGAGGCGAAUUCCUGGUUCGACAGAGCAUAGAAGGGAUUACUUCAAUGUCCUGACUGCUGAGUUUCUAGUGAAUGGGUUACCAUCGGGCAAACUUCCCCGGGACAUCGAGGAACAUGAAGCAUACUCUACAUUUUUCGGCCAUGCACGACUUGACGUCAAUGAGUGUAGUGAAAAAGGCAUGCAGUAUCAAACUGUACACAAAAUACAUGGCCAUGACGUUUCCUUGGGUCUAUUAGCGACACCAGAGUCUUUCCAAGAAGGCCUAGGAUCCGAAGAGAAUCAUGACUUCAUCAUUGCUGCUACAGCAGAUGGUGGCUGUCAAUAUGACCUCGUUCCUGGACGGCUGUUCCAUAAAGUGCUACCCAACGAAUUUUUUGAGAAGCACGUCCAUUGGCUUUUCAGAAAAGGUAAAAAUGUUGUCAUUGAGUUUCGCCCAAAACACUUACCGUGGCAACACCAAGACACGAAUUGGGUGCUGCAUAAAGAGGGCGACUAUUGGCAGCUGGCUGAACCAAGUGGUGGUCUUCUGGUUGAUACGGCUCGUGAAGCGUCGAAACAAGUUACGGACGCUUUUGCCUCUCUAGCGGAGCCAGAGGAUCUACACAUCGUCUAUUUUCCUCGCACUAAACACCUGGAAGUCCAUCUACCCAGGCUUCAACUAGAGUUCUACAUAGAAGAGAAAUCUUCGCGUAUCCUCUCCCGGCAGUACCAAGGCAUGUGGAUUGACUCUUGUCAAGAUAUUGACACUCUCAUUGGCUUGCACCAAAAGCUAGUCUUACGUGAUGAAAGAUCCCACAGGCUUUUGCUUAUUCCCGACGGUGAACUUAAUCUCGCCACUCCAGAGAUGAAUGAUACCCAUGUAUUCGUUACUAUUGAUAUGCCAAGUCGUGGCAAAGUAUACGCUUACGAAUUGGACACCUACCUGGGGAAACUUUGCGGGAGAGAUUUUGAGAGCAUACUUCGUCUAGCACUUCUUCAUGGAUACACUUCUGGUUGUGUGCCAGACCCUUUCACCGGAUACACAGGCACCGAGCGAGCUUUACAAAUAGUCCGCUCCGCAGAAAUUAAUUCUCCCAGAGCUGUAUCCCCAGGUAUAUUUAAACUACUACAAAAAAUAGGCAAACUCAGCGAGCAGUGGAAAAUAUCAACCCCGAAGAAUGGACUAAAACGCCAGUACAUCGUCCGGGUAAACGGUCUCAGUCCACUCGCACACCACCCAGAUUUCGCAGAACUUUUCAAACAAAUAGUGAACAGGUGUUCGAGAUACCGUAUUUUCGAGCCGACAAUUUCUAUCAACAAAGCCUAUCCUGAGGUGGAUGGUGAUAAGCAAAACAAGCUGUGCAUACGAGCUCGGCUUCGAUCCUCAGUGUUCUACUCUCAAGCCACUGGUAUUCAGAAAGAGAUAAUAUCAGCUGAUAUAAAAUCACAUCCUUUUCCGGGACGAACUACGCGAUUCACAAACCUUUUUAAAGUCUCUGAUGCGAUGAAGAAGAGUCGGCGCGGAAAUUACUCGAACUCAUUUGAGAAUAUUAAACAGAUAACUUUUUUGGCUGUAAUAAGAAAAACCUUAAAAGAGUCAUCGACAAUGCUCACCAGUGGCCCAUGCGAAGACGGCGAGUCAAUCCAGCUAGAGUAUCACGCCGGCCUGCUGGAUAAGCCGGGGAAGUUCUUUCCUAAAACUUGGUUCUCGGUAUGCACUGAGCUGAUUCAUAAUCGAAGAGAAAUCAACAAGCAUAAAGCUAGCUUUUAUAUUGCUACUCUAGCGUUCUCGCCGCAUGUUGUUUUGGAGUUGGUUCAUAUUCUCACCGGCGCUUUAUACUUGCCAGUUGACGCAACACCACCUAUUCCUCAAGCUAAGAAUUUUGAUCUGAGCAGAGGAAACCGGCCGAAAACCUCUGAUUUAAAAAACGCAGUUAAUGCAGCGAGGAUUUCUUCACAAGCAGGAAAGAGCUUUCGAGACACUAUGCGAAAUAAAAAAACAGGGAAGGGGCAGGGAAAUAACAGCGCACAAGACAGCCCGAACAAGACGAGAGCAGAGUAUACGAAAGAAAAUACGAAACUUGCGGAAGCUUUUAUGGAACAAUGGGGCAGGAUGGAGGUUCAGUGGCCAAAAAAUCAUGAUGACCUGCAAAGGUAUUACAACAAAAACAAGGUUAUAUCCAACGUCGAGACCAUCUUCCGGCAGGCAUCCGAUAAUGCAAAAGUUGACGAACACUUCAAAAAUUGGCACGGACUUAUAUAUUCCAAGUCUCAAAAGUAUAAAAUAGAUCUAGAUGAAUCACGAAGCGAGAAAACCCCCCAACGGACAACACACCGCGUUGACCAUCGUUAUGUCUUCCAGGUUCACACACCACCCGCAAUACCAAGCAACAGUGAUAGUUUUCUGCCUUUGAAGACAUCGGGUUCCGUUCUACCAAGCUCUCAGGUCUUCUCUCUCGUACAAAGGUUACAGAAAAGCGCCUCAACUCCAUAUGAAGUCGCCUAUUCUAGAAGCCUAGACGAAAGCAGACGAGCUUUAGAAAGAGCCAAAGGAGAGCUGCUCUUGCAGGCAUCCUGGCAAGAGUUUCAGCCACAGAUACUUCGUCGCCGAAAUGAAGCGAAGAAAGAAUUUGAGGAUCAUUUACUUGGUAUCAAAAAAGCACUUCUUCGCGGUUCACUGCCGCAAAACAGCUUGACGGAACUCAACACUGCGGCAAUACAACCCAACCUACCCCGAGUCUGCACUCAUUUCCUUGUUGAACAACUUGCGUCAAAUGAGCAGUUGCCGUUGCAAUGGAAACGAGAGCUUGCAAUAUUUGCUACUCGCCUAUCAAAAUGGCAGAAUUGGGAUCGACUGCUUCUUCUCCCAGGGACUGCGCAUAAAGAUGCUCUAAAACAAUUGCAUGGGCUUAAGCCUAGGACUUGGGACCCCAUGAUGCACCCUGAAUGGUUAGUAUUUGAAGUCGAAAAUAACCUUAGCAUUCGCGAUAUUCAGAUUGAGUUUGCCAACGCCAUGAUGAAUCCCCCGGAUCGCCAGAAUUCUAUUAUGCAACUUAAUAUGGGAGAAGGCAAGUCUUCUGUCAUUGUGCCUAUAAUAGCAACGUCGCUCUGCAGGAAGGGAAAUCUCGUUCGCCUUAUUGUGACCAGGUCACAAUUUGCCCAAAUGUCCCAAAUUAUGACGGCGCGACUUGGUGGCCUAUUAGGACGACGUAUCUAUCAUCUUCCCAUUUCUCGGAACAUGACUCUCACAGAGGCAUCUGUGGGCAAGCUCCACAAAAUUAUACAGGAUUGCGUGGAAAGCAAAGGCAUUCUCAUUGUUCAACCGGAGCAAAUUUUGUCUUUAGACCUCAUGAUAUCUGACUAUUCAAGCAAGUGUUCCGAGAAAGCGAGAGAAGUCCUUUAUGACAUUAAACAUUUACUGGAUGAUAGUUGCCGAGACAUUGUUGACGAAAGCGAUGAUGUGUUUUCGCCCAGAUAUGAGUUGGUUUACCCUCUAGGUAAAGAGCAGCCAAUUGAUUUCGCGAGGGAGCGCUGUUCUAUCAUUUCACAGAUUCUAACCAUCGCUUGCAACAAAGCGGAGGCAAUCUUGGAAGAGAUGCCUGGUGGGCUAGUGAUUUCGCCCAUGGGGCCUGGGAGAUAUCCCAAACUAUCUCUAGUCACUCGGGAGGCCUCGGAGCUCCUAGAGAGAAGAAUCGCAGAGGAAAUUUGUCUCACCGGUUUGAUCGGCUUUUCUAUAUCUCAAACGAGCUCAUUCUCAACUUAUAAAGAAAAAAUUCUCGAAUUUUGGACAAAUAGAGCUCUCAAAGAAACAACUAGGGAGUUUAUUGAGAAGGACUUAUGCUGGGCACCUCAGAUGACGAGUUUCUUAUUCCUUAUUCGAGGUUUAAUUGCUUGUGGAGUGUUGUCUGCGGCCUUACGAGAUCGGUUUCGUGUAAACUAUGGUCUUGAUAAGGCCAGAAUGCCCAAAACAGAUCUCGCAGUGCCUUACAGAGCAAAAGAUACGCCCAGCGUAGGUUCCGAAUACAGCCAACCGGACACCGUUAUUACUAAGACAUAUCUUGCUUAUUACUACGACGGACUAAAUGACAGGGACCUGACAGAAACACUCAUGCACCUCCUUCAAUCUGACCGGUCGCAUAUCGAAUACCAAGAGUGGGUGAAGGCGGCUCCAGAUCUACCCAAGGCCUGGCAUGAUGUAAAAGGAAUCAAUCUGGAAGACACUCAGCUAUGCAAGCGAGACCUAUUCCCUCAUUUAAGGUCUCUAAGGGUUUGCAUUGACUACUACCUGUCGUACAUUGUGUUUCCGAAGCAAUUAAGAGAAUACUCGGAAAAGAUUUCAGCAUCAGGUUGGGACAUUGGGCGCUUUAAGGAGCUGGUCACGACUGGAUUUAGCGGCACACACGAUUUGAAACCACUUUUGCCGCUGACAAUGAGACAACAGGACUUGAUAAGUCAGGCUCAUACCGAUGCUUUGGUUUUAGAGAAAAUGCUGGGAUUGCAUAAUCACACGCACCUUCUUGACCCUCCAAACAGUACUAGAAUCUCCGAGGAUUUCUUGCAAAAGAUUGCGACCCAGGAGCCAGAUAUUAGAGUCAUCAUUGACGUUGGUGCCUACCUUAUUGAUCUCACAAAUGAGCAGGUGGCGAGGACUUGGCUGGGUAUCUUACAUGGACGAAACGUGAUGAUAGAUGCUGCAAUCUACUGCGACGAUAAUGGUGAUUUAACUGUGUUGGAUAGACACGGAAAGACCGAAAGUUUGCAACUAUCGCCAUUCGCCAGGCAGAUGGAAAGGUGCGUCGUCUUCUUAGAUGAAGCUCACUCACGAGGAACAGACUUAAAGCUGCCAUCAACAUGUAAGGCGGCUGUCACUCUUGGAAGGAACUUAACUAAGGACAAGCUAGCUCAAGCCUGUAUGCGAAUGCGACUUCUUGGAGAUGGGCAGUCCGUUAUAUAUUGCGUGCCGAAUGAUAUUCAGUCUCAGAUCAAAGCAUCGGCAAACCGGAGCACUAAACAGCCUCUGUCUAUUGAAGACAUUAUCUACUGGUCUAUUCAGCAGACUGCAAUAGAAACUGGCCAACUCCUGCCCAUUUGGGCGAAACAAGGACGCCGAUACGUACAGCAGUCCAAAACAUGGGCCCAAAUUCGCGAGUCCCCAGACAUGUCUCUAAGAAGAGCAUCAGCAAAUACCUUCAAAGAAACCGGCAUUCGCACUAUAAAAAGCUUAUACCAGCCGCAAAAUAGCUUCAAUAUUCCCACGGACGACGAGAAUGAGAUGGCCGUUCUGAUCCACGAACGGCUCAAAGAGUUUCAAUACCUGGGUGCAGUUGACAACGGGUGUUCAGAAGAGAGAGAACAACAGCGUGAAACAGAACAGGAGCAAGAGCACGAAGUUGAAGCCCAAGUUACGGAACAACGCCAUUUGCAUCGCUCCAGAAUAUGCUCAGUAGCUACACACGAAGUACACGCAGACGUUGAAGCAUUUGUGAAGUUUGGGACGCUCAGAGAUCACGGAGUUGGAAUUAUUGGAGCCUUCACAAGUCUAUCUGACACAACAGCUGCUUUGCAAUUUGACCUAAGAAACUUUCCCUCACAACUUAAAGUCUCUAAAGACUUUGCAAAUGUUGUCAGAGAAACCGCGGGGACCAGCCAAGAGCGCUGCGACUUGUUCAAAAGACCUAUACAUCACAUUCUUACCACUGCCGGUGAAAGAGGGAUGAUCACAAAUAUGCUCAUCAUUAGCCCAUAUGAAGCCGAAUCAUUGUACAAAAUGAUAGAAAAGUCAAAAACAACCAAACUGCACAUCUACGCGGCUCGACAAAACAGCUCGUAUAUGCCUGUUGACGACUUGGACCUUUAUACAAUCCCUACUUCUCCGAUCAAGCGCCGGGUUCCUCUACACCUGAAAAUAGAACUCAAUCUCUUCGCCGGUCAGCUCUACUUUGCCUCCUUCAAGGAGUACACUGAUGUGUGCACCUACCUCGGCAUUGCAUGGAAUGAUACAUUCACCAACACGGACUCUGACGGGUUCAUUAUCAGAGGCAAAGGCGGUGAUGAGGUACCCGAUUGCCUCAAUUUGGCUACAAGUCCGAUCCCGUUCCUAAAGUCGUUCAUUACAAACGUCCGGCACUAUGGUAAUAAUAUCUCAAAGACGCAUGUGGGAAAGAUGCUCAACGGCGAGUUCCUGACGGAGAGUGACUUUCCCAAGCGAGAAAAGAGAAAGCGAAAUGGAGAAGCUGAGAAAGAUGGCCUCCGGUCAGUGAAGCGAGAGAAGGUGAAUGAGGAUCAGGGGAGCAUGUUCGUGAAGCAGGAAGAGGAUGUGGAAAUGGACGGUUGA